GUUGGUGUUGGGAUAAUCUACACUCGUAAACAGGGUUGAACGUUGAACGUUGAUCCAAAGCACCAGCCAAUUGCCUGCAUACCGGAGCAAGGUCAGAAGCUCGCAACGCGAUCCCCUAGCACAAAUACGUCACAACACCAAUCCGACAGUUCGCACGGAAUUCUUUUUGUCUUUGAUCAAUCCUUCGUGAUGCUAUUUAGUUCCAUUGCGAGAACAAUGGAUAAACUGCUAUGCCACUUUAGGGUAAUAAUGGAGCAAGCUGGUUUUAUAAAGAAAACUCUACGGGCCAGUGGACUCGGUAAUUGUAACUAAUCUCACUCCUUUGCUCAAUCUUGUGUUCGCGAUAUCCUGACUAUAAUAUUAUCAUGGACAUAUUGGCCUCCAUAUCUGAUUUCCUUAAUGCUGCAUCAUUGGACGGCGAUCCCCCAAGUUGCGCUAUGGCUAACGACGACCCCAUACUCGUAGACGCCGAAUAUUAUAUGGGAAAUCGCGCGCAGAACGGUUUCUGUAUAAUUAUUUAUUAUGAUUUCUCUUGUCUCAGCUUGAAGCGCGAGACCUUUUUUUUCGUUUGCGCAAGGCGCGAUGGGCCGGGACCGUCUCUUGACCAUACCCUGGUCGUCAAUAUACCCCAUUCGACCUUCGUCGUUUACAUAAUUUAUUUGUGCCUUUCUCUCGUCUCACUUGAAGCGCGAGACCCUUUUUCGUUGGCGCACGACGCGAUGGGCCAGGCCCUUCUCUUGACCAUACUCCCAGUGGUCGCCAAUAUACCCCAUUUGGCCAUCGCCACUAUUUGUUCUUUACUUGGACCUUUCUCUCGUCUUAGUUUGCAGCCCGGGUCCCUUAUUUCGUCUCUGCACGACGCCAUGGCGAGCUGCCAUUUGAGAUUUCAUAAGCAAAUAGGACUCAUGGUAUUCCCAAACCACUCUCUUGACCCUACUCUGGUCAUCGACAUAUUUAUUCGACCUUCAUCUUUGUCCAUUAUUUACUGUUGCCUCGGGUUCAUUAUGUACUUCGGUCCAAACCCUGAGCCCCGCUUUAUUAUUCUGUGGUUGAUUGAUCGCACUCCGUCCUACUGGGGCACAGGUUAUGAGUCAUCAGUCAUCAUUCAUCCAGCUAGUGCGAGCUGGGGAGCUCAUUGAUUGCAAGCAAAGCCUGCUUAUGAGAACAAGCAAUACAGUAGUGAAAGUGAUAGGAAAGUGCACCAUGGAUACGUACUAGUAGCAAACUAUAUGUUGGUGAAUAAACAAUCAAAUACGAUGCCUGUACGGCAAAUUAUUAGUAUGCACAGAUCGAAGACAACAAUGAGUAUAU